CGCACGCCCGGCGGUUCCCGCGCGUCCCGCAGCACCCCCGGCGCCGGGACUCGCUCCGCGGCGCGACCGGGAAGGAGCAGCGGCCCCGGCGGGGCGGAGCGGGGCUGUUCCACCGGCUGGGGGGCGCAGCCCCGGCGGUGGGCGGUGCAGCCGGAGCUGCGGAUGGGGGCUGAGCCCUGGCGGCCCCAUGAGCUGCCGCUGCCAUGGAGCUGCUCCGGGUGCUGCUGGCUGCCGCUCUGCUCCCGCUCCUGCCCCGUGAGUACCCCCGGGACAAACCCAGGAGGCGGAAAGGCCGGGUGGCACCCAGGCUGGACGCAGCGGCUGAGCUCUGCCGAGCUGGCGGCCGCGCUGGGUGGGAUGCGUGGGGGAAGCAGUGCCCUUCAACCUUGUCUCCCUCAGUUGGCAGGGCAGCUGUGCCGCUGCCUACGCUGACCCGGCCCUUGAGCAUGGUGCUGGCCGGGCAGCGCCGGCAGCUGGUGGUGUGCGUAGUGAGCGACCUGGCCCCCAGCUCUGGCCAUGCUGUCUGGAUCUCCAGUGGGAAUGGUAGCAUCCUGCAGUCCUUUGCCUAUGGCGCCUCCCAGGAGGAUGGUGGCACCGUCUGCUCCGUCUCCCUCCUUUCCAGCGACCCCCCGCGCGAGAGGGAGCUUGCCUGCCAUGUGGGGGCCAACAGGACCUCCCCGUCCCACAGCUCCAGCCCCAUCCGCAUCACGGGCAACGAGGAGGCAGCAGAGCUCUGUAGCACAGCUGUGUCACCGGCCCCUGCCCUGGCAGCGCUGCUUAUGGCAGUCCGCGUGGUGCUGCUGAAGGUCUUGCUCUCUGAUGCAGUCCUCACCUCCAUCCUCCUCGCCCAGAGCUGAGGGCAUGGGCAACUGCCCACGUCUGAAGGGUAAGUCCGCUGGUUUGGUGUAGGGGCGUGGAAGUCAUUGGAAAUGUUCUGGAUACUAAAGAGGGGACCCAGUGUUGGCUGGGGGAGGUACAGGAUGGGAAUAUUGGAUUGAGGAGACGAG